UGGGAUCCUGCUCUCCUCCAGUGACCUCCAGCCAUGCGGACCCUCGUCCUCCUCACUUCCCUCUUCCUGCUGGCCCUGCUGGUCCAGGCUGAGCCUCUGCCAGAGAAAGCCGAGGAUGCCCCAGAAGAGAAGCAGUCAGAGGAAGAGGAACUGGAUAUGACUUUUGAAGGAGCGGAGAGGUCUGGUCUUCAACACAGAGAUCAGAUCCUCACUUGCCGCUGCAAAUUUGGAAGUUGCCGUCCUCCAGAAACCAAAUAUGGAACUUGCUACAAGAAUGGUAAAAUGGCUAGACGGUGCUGUAGCUGAGCAUCCAGCAGAGCAAAGAAGACAUUUCAUGCACCUUCAAAACUAUCAGAAUCUUUAUUCUUCCUGCUUCAUCUCCAUGUUCUUCUCUUCCUCUAUCUCCAAAACAUUCCUGAAGUAA